AUGCACACUCUAUCAUCACGCCAUAUUGUGGCACCUGCGCUUGGGAGACGCGUAAUAGACAUCAAGCGCGCCGCCAUGUGCUCUGCAUGUCCUAGCGUUCCACAAUACCGAGAGGAGAAGAUUAUCCCGACUGGUCAAUUGGGACCUCGUGCUGAUCUGAAUCCCUCAAAAACUCCGGUUGCCGAGUCUGGUCCAUCGGAGUUUUGUGCUUGCACGUAUCAAACGUGCAGCCGACACAGUCUUGCCGAGGAGGGGCCCACAGCGGAGCUCCAUAUCGAGACCUUGAUAAGAUUCCGGCCAUACGAUCAUGACAAUAAAAUGGCAGAAGGCGAAGAACAAGCUCUAAAGUCUUUUUUUUGGUUCAAGCCGAUGGUCCGUGAAUUCCGGAAAAGCGUUGCGGAUAAGGCCAUCACGCCAUCACCAGCGACCUUGACAACACCAGAAACGGGCCAAAAGCGUAAUAGUCUCCUGGAUCUGCCUUUGGUCCUGAACAGUCGACGCGUUGCACGCCAGUUGAUAAGCCUGAAUUGGCCUCACCCUCGGGUCACCCCCGGCUAUGAGUGGACGUCGCCAUCGGCCAUCACGCCAUCUCCUGUCCACAUAACGAACGAACCAUAG